AUGCUCAUUCUACAUCCCCCCCACCCAUCCAGCGUCACGCCCAAUGGCAUGCCCGGAAUUGACGGCAUGAUCUCCACCAUUGGUCACGAGAUCACCGAGGCUGCUACCAAUCCUGAUGUCUCGUCCGGGUGGAUGGCAUCUGACGGCGAAGAGAAUGCGGAUAUGUGCGCGUGGCAGUAUGGCGAUGUUUCCCAGGACACCGAUGGUGAUGGUAAUACGUAUGACUACAACAUGCAGUGGGGGGAGGGUAUUGGGGUUGCGGGUGUGGCCAACGUGCUGUCGCCCGAGCGGCUCCUGCACCGCCCCUUCUCCUACCUCCCCCCUGCUGCGGUGGGGGGAGGGGACCUGCAGCACCAGCCCCCCCCCCGCCCCCCCCUCCCCCUUUCUCCUCCACCCCUACUGCGGGUGCAGCAGUGGGGGGGAGGGGAUCUGCAGCAGCAGUGGGGGGAGGGGAUUUGCAGCAUCAGCCCCCCCCCCCCCCCCCGCCCUUUUCUCCUCUCUCUCUCCCUGCCGCACCCUGUGUUGGGAGGGGGGGGGAGCUUGGAGGUUCAGAGGGAGGCAGGAGGGGAUCUGCAGCACCAGCCCCCCCCCCCGCCCCCCCCUCCCCCCCCCCCCCGCAGCAGUGGGGGGGAGGGGAUCUGCAGCAGCAGUGGGGGGAGGGGAGUUGCAGCAUCAGCCCCCCCCCCCCCCCCCCCCCCCCCCCCCCCAUCCCCCCACUUCUCCUCCAUCCCCCUGCUGCUGGUGCAGCGGUGGGGGGGAGGGGAUCUGCAGCCCUGUGCGCCCUGCUGCCCUGCUGCUGCCGCUACAGCCCUUGCUGUUGCCGCUACAGCCCUUGCUGCUGCCCUGCGCGCCCCGCGCGCCCUGCAGCCCUGCUGCGCCCUGUGCGCCCUGCUGCCCUGUGCGCCCCGUGCGCCCUGCUGCCCUCUGCACGCGCCAUGCACAGCCCCCCCCCCCCUUUCUCCUCCAUCCCCUGCUGCGGGUGCAGCAGUGGGGGGGAGGGGAUCUGCAGCACCAGCCCCCCCCCCCCCCCCCCUCCCUUCUCCUACCUACCCCUGCUGCGGGUGCAGCAGUGGGGGAGGGUAUGGGGGUGGCGGGUGUGGGUGCAACUGCGGGGUGGCGGGUAUGGGGGUGGCGGGUGUGUGA